AUGCCGAAUCUUCUCAUGCAAGGUGUUGAGAUGAGAAGAUCUUCGGGAACGAUCACUUUCGAUGCCAUACACGAACUUCAUGAUCCAGUCAGUCAAAGUGUGGCGUGCGGGCUGGAAAAUGAAGCGGAAUCGUUGGAACCCAGGAAGCGGAAACUGGAGUUCACCAUUUUUGCGCAUUUCGCUACGGUACAAGCCAGAAAACUCAAUGCAGUCCGUGACGGUCCGCGAAUGAGAUAA